GGUUGCACCGAUGCGGCGAGGGUAGGGCGGGGCCAGUGGUGAUGGGCAGGCCUGGGUUUAUUUAAAGUGCGGAUGUCCACCCCUCCUCGGCGGUGUUAUGACUGGAGGGGAACCGGAAUUACCGGUUGUUGGGAGUCGGAGCUCAGGUGGCCAUGGCUUCAGGGAGAUCGGCAGUGUCCCUCAUGCGAGCUGUUCAGGUGUUUGAGUUUGGUGGACCGUCGGUGCUGCAGCUGCGAUCGGAUGUUCCUAUUCCCAAACCGAGUGACCAUCAGGUGCUGAUCCGAGUCCAUGCGUGCGGUGUAAAUCCUGUGGAAACCUACAUGCGUUCUGGAUCCUACGCGAGGAAACCAACUUUGCCGUGGACACCGGGCCAUGAUGUGGCUGGAGUCAUUGAACAAGUGGGGCCAUGUGUUACCACAUUUCAGAAAGGAGAUCGAGUUUUUACAAGUAAAACCAUUUCUGGUGGAUAUGCUGAAUAUACAGUCGCUUCAGAUGACACCGUCUACCAUUUGCCGGAUAGUCUAAGCUGCAAGGAAGGAUCAGCUGUUGGAACCCCUUACUUCACUGCCUAUCGAGCCCUCAUGCAGAAAGCACAUGCGAAGACAGGGGAGACUGUUCUGGUUCAUGGAGCAAGUGGAGGGGUAGGGAUAGCAGCCUGCCAGAUAGCCCGAGCUCAUGGCCUGAGGGUGCUUGGCACAGCUGGCACACUGGAAGGGAUGCGCCUAGUUGAAAAGAAUGGAGCGCACAAAGCUUUCAACCACAGAGAGGUCGGCUACACUGACCAGAUCAAGCAUGAUACAGGAGGUGGUGGAGUGAACGUGAUCAUCGAGAUGUUGGCCAACGUGAACCUGAACCGUGACCUACAGCUUCUAUCAAAUGGCGGGCGAGUGAUAAUUGUAGGCUGCAGGGGCACCAUUGAAAUAAACCCCAGAGAUACCAUGGCCAAGGAGAGCAGCAUUAUUGGCACAGCACUGAACUCUGCGACCAAGGAUGAGCUCCAGGACACAGCGGCUGCCAUACUUGCAGGAAUGGAGGUGGGUUGGCUGAAACCAGUGGUGGGACCAGAAUUCCCAUUGGAAAAGGCAGCCAUGUCCCAUGAAGAGAUCAUGAAGGGGUCUGGAGCAAGGGGCAAGAUGAUUCUGAACAUAUGAUCGUCACCACCGUGGGGAGAGGGAACUAGGGGGCCACAAUAUUCCCAAUUAUAUUUGGGGGAGGGAAGUCAAUUGGUUUGAGCACCCCAUUGCCUUUUGAACACCAUUCCACUACACACUCAUUCACUCUUAUUGGAACGUAGCAUGGUACAACUUUGGCUUUUGAUAUACCCCUUUAUUCGGUAUCUCCUGUACCUAAUCAAGACGCCACUGAGGUUAUGUUCGUGUUCUUCUGCUGCUGUAGCCCAUCCACUUCAAGGUUCAAUGAGUUGUGCAUUCAGAAAUGCUCUUCUGCACACCAUUGUUGUAAUAUGUGGCUAUUUAAGUUACUGUCUCCUUCCUGUCAGCUUGAACCAUUCUGGCCAUUCACCUCAGACGUCUCUGAUUAACAAGGAGUUUUCACCCAUAGAACGGCCGCUCACUGGCUGCUUCUGUGUUUUACAGUCAAGAGACUGUGUCUGAAAAUCCCGGGAGAUAAGCAGUUUCUGAGUUACUCAAACCACCCCGUCUGGCACCAACAAUCAUUCCAGUCAAAGUCACUUAGAUCACAUUUCUUACCCAUGGUUGAUCUGUACAACAACUAAACCCUUUGACCAUGCCUGCAUGCUUUUCUGCAUUGAAGUUGCUGAUAUUUACAUUAAUGAGUAUCACAGAUGUAAAGUGGCCACUGAGUGUAGAGAUCUGAGUUAUUUGACUCUUUGCCUGAGUGAUGCUGAAGAUUUUGGUUGUGGUUCUCCAGUUUAGGUGCGGGGCCCAUACAGACAGAGAAGAAUUGUUUGUAAUUGAGACACAAGAGACUGACUAUAGGAUGUGGGGGUGGGUGAGGCAUUGACUGCCUGAAAUCAUGAUUCCUGUUGCUACCUUUAAAUAGUUUCUGCGUUCUUCCCGUGACCACUUGGUUUUCCUCCAGAUGUUUCAGUUUCCUCCCAUAGUCCAGAGGUACCAGUUGGUAGGUUAAUUGGUCAUUGUAAAUUGUCCCAUGAUUAAGCUAGGAUUAAAUUGGAAGGGUUGGUGGGUGGUGUUGUUUGAAGGCUGGAAGGGCCUAUUCUGUGCUAUAUCUCAAUGAAUGAAUACAUAAAAUAGAACAGAGUCAAUGGAUGACUACACCCAACAAGAUGGAUAAGCAAUCAAUGUACAAACUUUUCAAAUGCAAAAAGGAGGAAGAAAUAAUAAUAAGAAAUAAAUAUCGAGAACAUGAAAUGAAGGGUCAGUGAAAGUGAGUCCAUAUGAAUCCAAAAAGUGAUACAGUUUGGCACUAGUGGCAUUGCCAGUCAGCAUCGAACUCAGUGUAGGACAGUCUUAGUAAUUUUUCCUCAGGGCUUUACUUUUGAAGUCUUCCCCAUGAGUGGGUUUAGCUGCAAGGGAGCACAGGUUCGAGAUCAGAUUGUUCUUUCUCCCAGAUGAGCUGUCAAUCAUGGCUGAUGAGCCCUAUUUGCCCAAAGUGACUGGUAUUAUGGAGCCAGUAACCUGUCUUUGCCCCCUCUCCUGACAGCAGAAAUGGUUCCACCAAGCUUAGUAGCUAAGCCACACAUGGAGGCCAGGAGCUGGACUUGGCUGUCAGAGGCUAACUGAGAUCUAUGUCAUGGGAACAUUUAAGACCAUAAGAUAUAGGAGCAGAAAUAGGCUAUUCAUCCCAUCAAGUCUGCUGUGCUGUUCAAUCAUGGGCUGAUCCAAUUCUUCCAGUCAUCCCCACUCCCCUGCCUUCUCCCCAUACACUUUGAUGCCCUGGCUAAUCAAGAACCUAUCUGUCUCUGACUUAAGUGCACUCAAUGACUUGGCCUCCACAGCGGUUCAUGGCAGCAAAUUCCAAGGAUUUAUCACCCUCUGACUAAAAUAAUUUCUCCACAUCUCUGUUCUAAACGGACAUCCUUCAAUCCUGAAGUCGUGCCCUCUUGUCCUAGACUCCCCUACCUUGGGAAAUAACUUCACCAUAUUUAAUCUGUUCAGGCUUUUUAACAUUCAGAAUGUUUCUAUGAGAUCCCCCCUCCCAUUCUCCUGAACUCCGGGGAAUACAGCCCAAGAACUGCUAAAUGCUCCUCCUACGGUAACCCUUUCAUUUCUGGAAUCAUUCUCGUGAAUCUUCUUUGAAGCCUCGCCAAUGUUAGUAUAUCCUUUCUAAAAUAGGGAGCCCAAAACUGCAAACAAAAUACUCACAAGUGCCUUAUAGAGCCUCAACAUCACAUCCCUACUCUUAUACUCUAUACCUCUAGAAAUGAAUGCCAACAUUGCAUUUGCCUUCUGCACCAUCACUCAACCUGGAAGUUAACCUUCAAGGGUAUCUUGCAUAAGGACUCCCAAGUCCCUUUGCAUCUCUGCAUUUUGAAUUCUCUCCCCAUCUAAAUAACAGUCUGCCCAUUUAUUUCUUCUACCAAAAUGCAAAACCAUACACUUUCCAACAUUGUAUUUCAUUUGCCACUUCUUUGUCCAUUCCCCUAAACUAUCUAAGUCUCUCUGCAGGCUCUCUGUUUCCUCAACAUUACCCACUCCUCUGCCUAUCUUUGUAUCAUCGGCAAAUUUAACCACAAAUCCAUUAAUCCCAUAGUCCAAAUCAUUGACAUACAUCGUAAAAAGCAGCGGUCCCAACACCAACCCCUGUGGUACUCCAACAGUAACUGGCAGUCAGCCAGAAUAGGAUCCCUUUAUUCCCACUCUCUGUUUUCUGCCAAUCAGCCAAUGCUCCACCCAUGCUAGUAACUUCCCUGUAGUUCCAUGGGCUCUUAUCUUGCUAAGCAGCCUCAAGUGCAGUGCCUUGUCAAAGGUCUUCUGAAAAUCCAAGUACACCACAUCUACUGCACCUCGUUUGUCUACCCUGCUUGUAAUUUCCUCAAAAAAAUUGCAGUAAAUUAGUCAGGCAGGAUUUUCCUUUCAGGGGACCAUGCUGGCUUUGGCCUAUCUUGUCAUGUGCCUCUGUCAUCUCAUCCCUAACAAUCAAUUCCAACAACUUCCCAAUCACUGAUGUCAGGCUAACAGGUCCAUAAUUUCCUUUCUGCUGCCUCCCACCCUUCUUAAAUAAUGGAGUAACAUUUGCAAUUUUCCAGUCAUCCAGUGCAAUGCCAGAAUGUAUCAAUUCUUGAAAGAUCAGUGUUAAUACCUCUGCAAUCUCUCCAGCUACUUCCUUCAGAACUCGAGGGUGCAUUCCAUCAGGUCCAGGAGUUUUAUCCACCCUCAGACAAUCAAGCUUCCUGAGCACCUUCUCAGUCGUAAUUUUCACUGCACAUACUUCACUUCCACAUUUACUAGGUAGUGGGAAUUUAUGUCCAUAGUAUCACUAACCCAUAAACCCAUAUGGAAUGGCUUGUGUUUAGGUAUUCCACUUGCCUGAGGUCAGCUUGGCCAACCUUUCCAUGGUUGCCAACUCCCUGUGGUGUAGGGCUUGUCUAAAACAAUCCAGGGCUAACACAAGGCAGAGUGGGAAGAAGGGUUGAUGUAGUGGCUAGCACUAUUACGGUUCAGGGUGACUGAGUUCAGAGUUCAAUUCCAGCUUCCUCUGUGAGGUGUCUAUGUCCUCCCCAUGGAAUGCUAGUGCUUUCUGUUUCCAUCCACAUUCCAGUUAAUAGGUGAACUGGUCUUUGUAAAUUUUCCCAUGAUUAGGCUAUGGUUAAAUCGAGGGGAGCUGGGUGGCGUGACUUGAAGGACCUGUUCCAUGCUGUAUCUCUAAAUAAAUAAAAUUCAUCUCUUUAUAAUCGGGGGAAGCCAAGGCUUCAAAAAAAACUGCAUCAAAAUAAAGGAAUGGUUUGAGAGGA